UUGCACGAGUGCAGGCAACCAGGCUAGGAUUCGUGGUGCACCACCUGGAAGACUGGAGACUCGUGUAAAUAGUGAAAAAUGUCAGACAACGAGAAGGAAAUUUCGAAUGAGAUCUCCAACCUGGAGAUCGAGGGAACAGGCAAGAAACUCACCCAUAAAGAGAAGAAAAAGCUGAAAAAGCAGCUGGAGUAUGAGCGCACCAUGGAGAUGAUGACUAAGGCUGGAGGACAGGGACACAGUGAGUUGGAGUCGAAUUUUACGGUUUCACAGAGUCAGACACAGACUCGGGGCCAGCAUACCCUGGACAAUGCCGUUGAUAUUAAGGUGGAGAAUUUUAGCAUCGCUGCCAAAGGAAAGGAACUCUUCACCAAUGCUAGCCUUCUCAUCGCCCAGGGGAGGAGAUAUGGUCUUGUUGGUCCUAAUGGUCAUGGUAAGACAACAUUGCUUCGACACAUAGAAAAAAGAGCCUUCAACAUUCCUCCAAGCAUUGAUAUUCUGUACUGCGAGCAGGAAGUCGUGGCCGACGACACGCCAGCCGUGGAGGUUGUGCUGAAGGCCGACGUGAAAUGUGUGGCCCUUCAGGAGAAAUGUAAAAAGCUGGAGGAGGAAUCGGAAAAGUCGACUAAUGACGAAAUUCAGGCGCAGCUCCAGGAGGUUUACGAGGAGUUGAAGGCCAUUGGGGCAGACUCAGCAGAGCCCAGAGCGAGGAGGAUUCUGGCAGGUUUGGGUUUCAGCAGAUCCAUGCAGAAUCGAGCCACCAAGAAUUUCUCUGGAGGGUGGAGAAUGAGAGUAUCCCUGGCUAGGGCUCUGUUUCUCGAGCCAACUCUUCUCCUCCUGGAUGAGCCUACCAAUCACCUCGAUCUGAAUGCUGUCAUUUGGCUGGACAACUACUUACAGACUUGGAAGAAGACACUAUUGAUAGUUUCCCACGACCAGAGCUUCCUCGACAACGUCUGCACAGAUAUCAUUCAUUUGGAUCAGCAGAAACUCUUCUACUACAAAGGUAACUAUAGCAUGUUCAAGAAGAUGUUCGAGCAGAAGAGGAAGGAGAUGAUAAAGGCCUACGAGAAGCAAGAAAAAAGGAUCAAGGACCUUAAGGCCUCAGGGCAGAGCAAGAAAGCUGCUGAGAAGAAGCAGAAGGAGGCGCUCACCAGGAAGCAGGAGAAGAAUCGUACGAAAAUGCAGAAGACUGAGGAGGAUACUGGACCACAAGAAUUAUUACAGAAACCUCGAGAGUAUAUCGUGAAGUUUAGCUUUCCGGAUCCACCACCUUUGCAACCUCCUAUUCUUGGGCUUCACAAUGUGACAUUUGCGUACGAAGGACAAAAACCUUUAUUUAUAGAUGUCGAUUUUGGAAUCGAUUUGAGCUCACGUGUUGCCAUUGUCGGGCCCAAUGGGGUGGGCAAGUCAACGUUUUUGAAACUUCUUCUGGGAGAACUGACUCCUCUCAAAGGAGAUUUAAUACGAAAUCAUCGGUUGAGAAUCGGAAGAUUCGACCAACAUUCAGGUGAACAUCUCACUGCCGAAGAAACUCCAUCGGAGUACCUGAUGCGCCUCUUCGACUUGCCCUAUGAGAAAGCUCGGAAGCAGCUGGGAACAUUUGGUCUGAGUUCCCACGCGCACACAAUUAAAAUGAAGGAUUUGUCGGGUGGACAGAAGGCUCGAGUAGCCCUGGCUGAGCUCUGCCUGAAUGCCCCAGACGUCGUUAUCCUUGACGAACCGACGAAUAACCUCGACAUUGAGUCUAUUGACGCCCUCGCUGAGGCGAUAAAUGCCUACAAGGGUGGCGUCAUCAUCGUCUCCCACGACGAGAGACUCAUCAGGGACACCGAGUGCUGUCUCCACGUAAUCGAGAACCAGGUGAUCAACGAAAUUGAUGGGGACUUCGACGACUACAGGAAAGAGCUGCUUGAGAGUCUCGGGGAGGUCAUCAAUAAUCCUAGUAUUGCUGCCAACGCUGCUGUCCUUCAAUGACCCGUUAACUUGGUCUUUAGUAUCUGAAAUUGAGGGAAUACUGUGGGGAAUUGGUGAAACUGGAAUUUUGUAUACCGUCAGGAGUGUUGGAAUUUUAUCAGAUUGCAUUUGACGGACUUUUGUAAAGUCCUCAGAUCAGUGUGCAGAUUAAAGCAGUUUAUAUUGAAA